CGCCACCUCGUCGCGUCUCGCCGUCACACCAUGCUGACUCUCGCUCGUUGCACACACCCCCGCAGAAGAAGCCCGCGUCGACCGCCGGCAAGGCUCCUGCCUCGAAGGCCCCCGCUGGCAAGGCCCCCGCCAAGAAGGCCGUCAAGAAGGCCCCCGCCUCGGGCGACGACAAGAAGCGCAAGCGCAAGACCCGCAAGGAGACCUACUCGUCGUACAUCUACAAGGUGUUGAAGCAGGUCCACCCCGACACCGGUAUCUCGAACAAGGCGAUGCUCAUCCUCAACUCGUUCGUCAACGACAUCUUCGAGCGCAUCGCCACCGAGGCCUCUAAGCUCGCUUCCUACAACAAGAAGUCGACCAUCUCGUCCCGCGAGAUCCAGACCUCUGUCCGCCUCAUCCUCCCCGGCGAGCUCUCGAAGCACGCCAUUUCUGAAGGCACUAAGGCCGUCACCAAGUUCUCGUCGACCAAGUAA